UCUGCCUGUUGUACUUCUCACGUUACUCAAUCCCCCUGGUGCCUCGUACUCUGUGUGUGUGUGUGUGUGUGUGUGUGUGUGUGUGUGUGUGUGUGUGUGUGUGUGUGUGUGUGUGUGUGUCCCCUGCGCGACCAGGGUCUAUUCACCCGGCCGUCCUCGGCAGGUUGAACGAGAAACCCCGAGAAAACGGAGAGGAUUCGGAGACACCGGCCGUCAGAUCAGACCACCGGCCCGCCGAAACCUGAGAGGUGUGGCCACAGAAGGAGGAGACAAAUCCACCACUGAGGCACUGAGGCAUCACACAAACAGGCUCGGUCAACGUCUCGGGAAAGUCAGCGCAGGAGUUGGGCAAUGUUUUCAACAACAUCUAUUUUGGUUCAGGAGAAGGAACAAGCCGAUUAGAGCGCCGUGAAAUCAAAACAACUGUCGCCUUCUCCCCAGCUGAAGAUCAGUGCGAUUGGGAGAGAGAGAGAGACCGGAGUUCGAGCUACAUCCAGACUACACGUCAAGCACCUCCCGGGAGGAACUGGCAGAUUUUUAUCGCAGAGAAGUAGAAAUCCCCAGGAAUAACUCACCCAUGGAUCCACUUUAACCCCCAAUCCCCUCCAAUUCCAGGUUUCCCACCCAGUCUCUCUCUCCCCCAAAAUUCUCUAUUAAGAGGGGUCGGUGCCAGCGGCUGCCGGGAGCUCGUAACACUCUUUGAUCCCCAAUAUUAAAAACAACAAAUUGACAAAUUCCCUCCCCUUCCCACUGCCUCCUCGAGAGAUUAUGAAAGGGAAAACCAAAAAGUCUAGCGUCACAGAGCAGAGGGACAUGGAUGGAUAUGAUCAGCUCCCCGGCAACCAGCCACGUCAUAACACAAAAGCAUUAAAGCAGCGUUUCCUGAAAAUCUUACCAUGCUGUCGGCCUAAGCUGGUGCCCUCACUCAGUGAAUACAGCAUCGAGGAUGAGUUUGAGCCCUCCACUGUGUGUCACCGACCGGAAGGACUCGAGCAGCUUCAAGGACAAACAAAGUUCACCAAGAAGGAGCUGCAGGUCCUCUACCGGGGUUUCAAAACGGAGUGCCCCAGUGGUGUGGUCAAUGAAGAGACGUUUAAACAAAUCUACUCCCAGUUCUUCCCUCAAGGAGAUUCCAGUAUGUAUGCACACUUCCUAUUUAACGCUUUCGAUACAGACCAUAAUGGCUCUGUCAGUUUUGAGAAUUUUGUGACCGGUUUAUCAGUGAUCCUUCGUGGUUCCGUUGAUGACAAACUGAACUGGGCCUUCAACCUGUACGAUUUAAACAAAGACGGCUGCAUCACCAGAGAGGAAAUGUUGGAUAUUAUGAAAUCCAUUUACGAUAUGAUGGGGAAGUAUACCUACCCGACAGUGAGGGAAGAGUCUCCACAGGAGCACGUGGAAACAUUCUUCCAGAAAAUGGACAAGAACCGGGAUGGAGUGGUAACCAUCGAGGAAUUCAUCGAAACCUGUCAGAAGGAUGAAAACAUCAUGAAGUCAAUGCAGCUUUUUGAGAACGUCAUCUAGAGGUCAGAGGUGGAGCUGAGGUCAGUGAUGGGCUGACCUCUGUCUCCUGUCCUUGGUGGGGCUACCUUGGACUUGUGCAACGGGGAGCUUCAACUUCUGGCAUCAGAACUUCAUUUGGAGGUGGGAGUGGUCACUAGUUGGACAAUGCCAUUGACCACGGACAUGGAGCGAGGGAGAACAGCCUUCUGUGACAAACGUUUUGUACUUUUCACGGUCCUCACAAGCUGCUCGAGAAUGCAAACAAUCGGCAUGGAGAAACCUCACAUCGUUGCAGCUAUGGGCGUAUGAGUCACAAGACGUGCGCCCAAGUGCAGAGGAUACAGAUCUUCAUAGCAUGUUACUGGGUCACACUAUAAGCAUCUUUAUACAAAAACGCCAAGUUGCAUGGGGGCAAAAAGGGCAAGUCACCCACAGCCCAUCCCUUCCAUCUGUCAUGCUGCCUGCUGUAAGAGUCGGACUCACGGAACGAACCCGCCUGUGCCAAAAUGUCUUCCUUGUCCCAUUCAGCUUUGUCACCUGAGUUUAAAUUCUAAACCCGUGGGUCGAAAGAAAACCUAAUAUAGAGGGAACAUUACUCUGUAUCUAACCCGUGCGGUCCCUGCCCUGGGAGUGUGUGAUGGGCCAGUGUAGAGGGAGUUUCACUCUGUGUCUAACCCGUGCGGUCCCUGCCCUGGGAGUGUGUGAUGGGACGGCGUAGAGGGAGCUUCACUCUGUAUCUAACCUGUGCGGUCCCUGCCCUGGGAGUGUGGGAUGGGACAGUGUAGAGGGAACUAUUCCCUGUGUCAAUUCAUUGCCUAGGAGUUUUGCUGUAAAGAAUUGAGUGAAAUGUUCUUGCAUCCUGCUUGAUUAGCUUCUCUCAGUGGAACCGUCACAAAUUUUACAGAGUACGUUCUCUACCAGAAGUCUUGUAUUUUAUCCCCAACUGUACUAAAGUCCUCCAAGUGAACAGACCAUUUAAUGAUAUACCCUUCAUCACAGGGUGAACCUCACCAGUAUCAGCUGAUCCAUGACAUUAUAAGUAAGAAUCCAUCAGAAGGACAGGGGAAAGCAUUGUUAAUCUCACAAUGUCAUUUAACGUAUGUGUUUAGGAAGUAGGGUUAUCACUGGUUGGAGAAAAAUGACCAGUCUCGGGGGAACUUAGCGACAUGUUUCUACAACAACAACAAGGUCCCUAAUAGAGUAAAGUCUUCUCACUGGGAUGUUAACAAUUAAUCUUUGACACUGAGUCACAGAAGGACUCAUUGAAGGACUCAAGUGUUGGGACUCAAACACUUGGUCCUAGAGGCAGAUUUUAAAGAGUGUAUGCUGCAGGAAAGAUUUUUGGGGAGAUUCGUGAAGGGAAUUCCAGCACUUGGCCUCUCAGCAGCAGAAGGUGUGCCCACUGAUGAUGGAGCAACUGAACACAAGAACAUUCGGGGUCUACAAUUGGAAGAGUGGGAAGAUCUUUUGCGGGGCUAUAGGGUGUACCUGGACAUCAGGACAAGAAGUGUUCGCUCAGAGUGAGAAGUCAUCACUCAGUGAGAAAUCCUCGCUCAGGAUGAGAAAUCCUCACAGAAUGAGAAAUCCUCGCUCAGAAUGAGAAAUCCUCGCUCAGGAUGAGAAAUCCUCACAGAAUGAGAAAUCCUCGCUCAGAAUGAGAAAUCCUCGCUCAGGAUGAGAAAUCCUCACAGAGUGAGAAAUCCUCGCUCAGAAUGAGAAAUCCUCACAGAGUGAGAAAUCCUCGCUCAGGAUGAGAAAUCCUCACAGAGUGAGAAAUCCUCGCUCAGAAUGAGAAAUCCUCGCUCAGGAUGAGAAAUCCUCACUCAGGACGAGAAUUAUUCGUUAAGAAUGAGGAAGCAGCACUUUGAGAAAUUGCUUCACUGUCUGACCUAAUGGGUUGGGUUUUGGGAUCAGACAUUAGACGAAGCCAAACAUCUUUGAAGUUCCAACACAUCCGCGUGGAUGAGAGCGCUGGAGAGUUGGAAUUCCCUGUCUGAAAGGUGGUGGAGACGGAAUGUGCUGAAAGAGCAGGUGGGAUGACCACGUCAACAGUCGUGGCCAGGAGUGCUGCGGACUGAGCUGGGAAAGCAGGAUAACUUCAGCUGGGGAAACAAAGGACCGCAGAUGCUGGAGUCUAGAUGACAAACACGAUGAUGCUGGAGGAACUCAGCAGGCCAGGCAGCAUCCGGGGAGAAAAGCAGGCGGUCAACGUUUCGGGCAACCCUUCCUGAACAACGGCAUGAACGUUGAAUUUUCCCACUUUAAGUAAUCCCCACACCCCCUCCCCCCCAACACCUCCCGACCACGGUUCUUCUUUCCUUCCCUUUCCCAGCCUAUCUCUCUUGCUAAUGCCCCCCUUUUUCUCUCUCCUUCCCUUUGACCCGUCCCCCGGUGGAUCUGCUCUCCCCUCCCCCCCCCCCCGCACCUGCCUGUCACUGUCUCUUACCUGCAUCUACCUAUCACCACCCUGUGCCCACCCCGCCUCCCCUCUUUUGUCCACCUAUCACUGCUCUGCUUUUCCCUCCCCUCCUAUAUAUUGGGCUUCCCCUUUUCCUAUCUUCAGUCUUGAAGAAGGGUCCUGACCCGAAAACGUUGACCGGCUGCUUUUCUCCACGGAUGCUGCCUGGCCUGCUGAGUAUCUCCAGCAUCAUCGUGUUUUUCAUUUCACUUCAACAGGUAACCACCAUGGACAAUGAUAAGCCAGUUGGCUUUCUCUGGCCAUAAAUUUCUCUGGUUUAUGACCCUCUGUCCUGAGUAUGACAAAUUAUUCUUCAACAGGCAGGAAGUCAAAGCAAUAACUGCCAUCCUGCACUCUCUGUUGGAUCCUCCAAGUCCAUGAAGCAAUGCAGACAGGAGUGUGCAUCGCAUACGAAGUGAAAACCUCAGGAAGAUGAACGUGAGGGCAGGGAAGUACACUGAAUACAAAGGGAACUAAGCAGUGGAAUAGAUUCUUACCGUAAGGU